GGCGCUGUGCGACACCUACAUUUGCGGCCGGACCGGGCGCGCUUUACGGCCGGAGGGGCCGCCCGUGGCCGGCGGCCUUCACGACAGCGGGGAGGAGGCCGCGGCGCCUUCCAGCCGCGGGGGAGGGGGGCCGGACGAUGCCCCUGGAGGUGCCUUGGCCCUUCCCGCCAUUCCCGCGGCUGCCGUGGACCCUGGCCAGCCGCCUGGUCACCGGCCUGGUGGGCACCUACAGCUGCUUCUGGACGAGGCACAUGAACCGGCUGCGGGUCCAUAACAAGGAAGUUCUGUAUGAUCUGGUCGAGUGGCGCCCGCCCGGCACCCCCCUCAUCACCGUGUCUAACCACCAGUCCUGCAUGGAUGACCCCCACCUCUGGGGUAUAUUGAAGCUUCGGCACGUCUGGAACCUGAAAAAGAUGCGCUGGACCCCCACGGCCGCCGACAUCUGCUUCACCAGAGAAUUACACUCACGCUUCUUCAGCCUGGGCCAGUGCGUCCCCGUGUGCCGAGGGGAUGGCGUCUAUCAGAAGGGGAUGGAUUUCAUUCUGGAGAAGCUCAACCAUGGAGACUGGGUGCACAUCUUCCCUGAGGGCAAGGUGAACAUGAGCCAGGAAUUCAUGCGCUUCAAGUGGGGGAUCGGGCGACUCCUGGCCGAGUGCCGGCAGCACCCCGUCAUCCUGCCCCUUUGGCACAUCGGUCUGAACGAUGUGCUGCCCAAUGACCCCCCAUAUGUGCCCCGUGUCGGCCAGCGGAUCACCGUUGUCAUCGGGAAACCGUUCACCGUCCGGCCGGUGCUGGAGCGUCUCCAGGCCGAGAACAAGUCAGCGGUGGAGAUGCGCAAGGCGCUGACGGAUUUCAUCCAGGGCGAGAUCCAGGCACUGAAGGGCCAGGCCGAGCGGCUGCAUCAGACAUUCCAUUGGCAGAGAUAGCCCAGGCGGAGGGGCGCGGCUGGCCUCCCUGCCCCAUAGCCCGGCCCCAUGCGCUGGCCUCCCUGCCUCACAGCUCUAUCCCACCUGUGGACCGGCCCCUCCCAUCUUCCCCACACGCUGUGGACCGGCCCCUCCCAUCCUGACACCUCUGCCCCACAUGCCGACUGGCCCCUCCCCUCUGCCCCACAUGUCAGCGGGCUGGCCCCCCCGCGCUGCCCCACUGACUGACUGGCCAGCACGUCUGUGCCUGACACCUCUGCUCUACAACUCUGCCCCACAUGCUGGCCAGCCAGCCGUCCCAUUCCCUGCUCCACAUGGUAUGGGGCAGCUGCAGCAAUGGAGAUUGCCCCAUUGCUGCAGCUGCCCCUCCGCUGCCAUUGGGCAGGGUCUGGCUGAACAGCCCCCUUGUGGGGACCUCCUGGAAGCCACUGAAGCCUGCUGUUCCCCUCAGCCUGCCAGUGGCCCCCCGGGACCCUGCUGGUGAAGGUCUUACAAAGAGUGGGGGCAGCCCCUGCGGGGCUGCUGGCCGUACCCCAUCCAAGCUGGGGGGCCCUGCUGGGGCAGGCUGGGUUGGAAGGGGUGUUUCCUCCUGGGGGGAUAACCCCCCCCAACAUGCAUGGGGGUCAAGGUGGGCUGCCAGCUCAACUCCCCUAAAUCAUACAGAAAGACUGCCUUGCACGAGUCAGGAGGGGGGGCCCCUGGCAACCAGCGCCCUACCUCCCCUUCAUUUUUUUUACUGUGGACUUUCUGAAUAAAGGAUUUUAACCUGGA